AUGCUUGCCCGACUCAGGCCAGCGACUGCGACUGCCCGUCUCGCCCGUGGCUUUGCCACCGUCCAGGAUCCUCCCGUCAAGCGAUACGGAGGCCUCAAGGACCAAGACCGAAUCUUCACAAACGCAUACUGUCGACACGACCAUGGCCUCAAGGGUGCUCAAUCUCGUGGUGAUUGGCAUCGCACAAAGGACAUCUUGCUCAAGGGCGACAGUUGGAUCAUUAACCAGGUCAAGGAGUCCGGAUUACGCGGCCGAGGUGGUGCAGGAUUCCCUAGUGGAUUAAAGUGGAGCUUUAUGAACAAGCCGGGAUGGGAAAAAGAUAAACGGCCUCGGUACCUCGUUGUCAACGCCGACGAAGGAGAACCAGGCACGUGCAAAGACCGUGAGAUCAUGCGUGGUGAUCCACACAAGCUCGUCGAGGGUUGUCUCGUCGCAGGUCGCGCCAUGAACGCCAGCGCAGCGUACAUCUAUAUCCGCGGCGAGUUCUACCAAGAAGCCUCGCACGUCCAACAAGCCAUCAAUGAAGCCUAUCGUGCCGGCCUCAUCGGCAAAAACGCCUGCGGUUCUGGAUACGAUUUUGACGUUUACGUUCACCGUGGCGCUGGUGCCUAUAUCUGUGGCGAGGAAACCGCCCUGAUCGAGUCUAUCGAGGGGAAACAGGGCAAACCCCGCCUCAAGCCUCCUUUCCCAGCCGACGUUGGGUUGUUUGGAUGCCCGACGACGGUUGCGAAUGUCGAGACUGUGGCUGUCUCGCCGACCAUCUGUCGUCGUGGUGGAGCUUGGUUUGCAGGCUUUGGCCGUGCUCGGAAUCAGGGAACUAAAUUGUUCUGCAUUUCGGGACAUGUGAACAACCCCUGUGUUAUCGAGGAGGAAAUGAGUAUCCCACUCAAGGAUUUGAUUGAGAAACACUGUGGUGGUGUGGUCGGCGGAUGGGACAACUUGUUGGGAAUCGUGCCAGGUGGAAGCUCGGUACCCAUCUUGCCCAAGAAGAUGUGCGAGGAAGUUCUCAUGGACUUUGACUCGCUCAAGGAUGCCCAGUCUGGUCUUGGAACGGGUGCCGUCAUUGUCAUGAACAAGCAAACGGACGUCGUCCAGGCCAUUUCCCGAUUCUCCAAGUUCUACAAGCACGAAUCGUGUGGACAGUGCACACCCUGCCGAGAAGGUACAACCUGGAUGAUGAACAUGAUGGCCCGGCUGGAACACGGCCGAGCACACGAACGCGAGAUUGACAUGCUUCUGGAGUUGACCAAGCAGGUCGAGGGGAAAACCAUUUGCGCGCUCGGAGAUGCGGCCGCAUGGCCUAUUCAAGGUUUAAUGCGCCACUUCCGUCCCGAAGUCGAACGACGAAUUGCCGAAUACCGCGCUGCGAACGGUCCCGUGCUCUUUGGUGGCAAACUGAAAAAGGAUACCAAUUUCAAGUACGCGGUCCCGGACAACUUGGGUGCUAAUUUGGUUGAGCCUCCGAGGGUGUGA